AUGGAUUUGUACCCAGUCUUAGAGUAUAAUAAAGCUGUUGAAGGUUUUCAAAUCCACUAUCAUCCAAAUGCAGAGGAUAUGUUUAGAAUCAUUAUUCAGAUCUCUAGAUUUCUAAAGGAAUUCGGAGAUUUCGAAACCAAAAAUACACCUGUCUUUAGACAUCCUCCUAUUAUUGGGAUGCUCAAUGAUCUCUAUGAUAUAGGAUUGCUGUAUGAAAUACUAAAAUUGGAUCUCUAUUAUGAUAAAGCUCCAGAAUUGAAGCAGUUUGACCCAGCCAAACAUUUAAAGCGUGUAGCUAAACCAUUAACAGCUCCAGUAUUAUCGAAGCAGGAAUCCUUAAAUGUUGAAAUAGCCUAAAACAGAGCGGAAAUCAGAACUCACUAUUUGAAGCAACUAAGUAAGCCAGCUGAACCUACCGACAAUGAAGAGGAAUAGCCUUAAUCUGUCGAUUAAUUGGCUGAAGAAAUUGAUUAGAAAUUAAGAAAAACUCUGUAAUCCAAAGAAGAAAACUUAUCAGAAGAUUUGCUAUAAUCAAGUGAAAGGGAAUCAACAGAUUACUAUUAUAAGAGAUGGAUUUGGAUUCAGUUUCCCUGGGCAUGUAUGAGUAUCAGUAAAAGGUGUGAUUAUUCAACUGUGAUUAAGCAAUGCUUUUCAUCUGCGACAGAUUACAUGAGUGUAGAGGACGAAAAUGCUUUUACUGAAUCAGCUCUAAAAAUAGCACUAGAAGCAAAAAGAAAGAAAAAGGAAAUGUAUGAACAAAAACACCAUGAAGAAUUAAGAUUGCAAAUUAUCCCAUAAAUUUCAGUUUUGUAAUAGAAGAAUAUGGAUGAAGUUAUGAGAAAAUAAAAAAGAGAAUAAUUAGAGUUAAGUUCAAUAUCAAGUGCCAGAUUUGAUAGAUCCACUAUUUCUGUCUUGCCUCCAUUAUCAACCAGAAGUUCAUAAGCCAAGAAAAUUAGUUCUCCAGAAAAUUUUUAUCCUCACCUCAUGUUCAUUACAUCUGACUUUACAGAUUCUAAUCAUCUAAAUGAAGAAUCAAAAACAAUAAAACUAACUUAGAGUAGUGUGCCUAAUGAUGGCAAAUAAACCAUGCAAUUACUUGAUGAUAUGAAAUCUAAAAAGGAAAGAAUCAAAUAGUUUUCAACUUCCUCCGUUCAACAUUUAUCUUAUAAAGUUACUGAAAUCUUUCCAAUUAUCAAAGGUUCCAUCCAAAAUCAUUCCAAUUCCAACAAUUGA